AUGUCGAACGGAGUCAUCACUAUUGAUAACUACAUUGGCGGCAGUUUCGUCGCUCCAGGUGCCAACUAUUUGGACGUUGUGGACCCGGCUGUCCCCGGCAAGGUCAUUGCCAAGUGUGGAAUCUCGACUGCCAAGGAUGUGGAUAUUGCCGUCGAGGCAGCCAAGAAGGCUCUUCCUGCUUGGUCGAAAAUGACCAUCAAGGCACGGGCGGCCAUCAUGAUGAAAUUCCACUCCAUUAUCCAGCGAGAAGCCGAAGAUUUGGCACGUAUGAUUGUGUUGGAGAACGGCAAAAAUUUUACUGAAGCCAUGGCGGAAGUGGCCAAGGCGAACGAGACAGUGGAAUAUGCUUGUUCCUUGCCUCAGCUAGCCGAGGGAAAGACUCUGAGGGUUUCUAGUCAAGUAACCUGUGAAGACAGGCGUCUGCCCUUGGGGGUUGUGGCAAGCAUUGUGCCGUUCAAUUUUCCUCUAAUGGUUCCCAUGUGGACUCUGCCUAUUGCAUUGGUAAUGGGAAACACGGUAAUUUGCAAACCUUCCGAAAAGGUCCCCAUGACAUUGCGUCGCGUCGCCGAAUUGGCACAAGAGGCUGGAUUCCCCGCGGGUGUGUUCAACUUGGUCAAUGGAGUCAAGGAAUCGGUCGAAGCAUUGAUUGAUCAUCCCGAUGUCAAAGCCGUCACCUUUGUCGGAUCCAGUCCCGUGGCAGAAAUUGUCAGCACACGAUGUCGCAAAUUGCACAAACGGUCCUCGGAUAUUUGUGUCAGUUUUGCCGGAUGUGCCGGACAACGUUGCAUGGCUGCGUCGGUCUUGCUCUUGGUGGGUGGUGAAGUCCAGGAGGGACUUUUGGCCAAGGUCGUCGAGUUGGCCUCCAAAAUUGAGCCAGGAAGCAAACCUGGUCAGAUGGGUCCAGUCAUUGACGAAGCAUCAUACAAAAAGAUUAUUGGUUACGUUACUGACGCCGAAAAAUGUGGCGCUGAAAUCAUCUUGGAUGGAAGGCCCUGGAACAAGAAGGAGGGCUGCAAAGGAAACUGGAUCGGCCCAACGAUUAUCAAACACAAGCAAUCAUCUGACAAAACCAUGAAGGAGGAAGUCUUUGGUCCCGUCCUUUCUGUCUACUCGGUGAGUUCCUGGGAAGAAGCCAUUGCCAUCGAAAAUGCCAAUCCCUUUGGAAAUGCGGCCUGCAUUUACACAACAAAUGGGGGGAAUGCGGAAUGGUUU